AUGAGUCAAUCAUCUUUGAUUGUACGAAAAGGUGGACCCUCCAAUGCUACUCGUGGCCAAACAAACACUGAGGACGACAUCAUCCGCAUCCCUGAUUGCAAUCUGAACGACGCAAAAGAACGUUUCCGCCUUACCCUUAUCGGCCGCGUCUUUCACCUCCGCGGACGCAGCAUCGACGCGCUGAUCAAUCUCCUCCCACGCCCUCGGAUAUGGAACGUAGAAGGAAGGGUUCGAGGGCUUAACCUUGGAAAUAGUCGUUUUCAGUUUGAUUUUGACAACGAAGUGGACCUCCAAACGGUGCUCAAUAAACGCCCAUGCCACUUCAAUCAAUGGAGCUUCGCCCUAGAGCGCUGGGAGCCCUUUACCAGUGAGAACUUCCCAAACACAAUCCCCUUCUGGAUAAAUGUAACGGGAGUCCCAGUUCACUUCUGGAAUGACAAAACUUUUACGGAGAUCGCAAAUGCCCUCGGAAAAAAACUUCUCAUAGAUGAUAAGAAGGCACGAAUCCAAGUCUCUAUUGACGCUGAUAAACCUCUCCAGUUUGAGCGCAGAAUCGGUUUCCCAAAUGGAGACAUUGGCAAAGUUUCCCUCGCAUACGAGGGUCUCCACCGCUACUGCUUCACCUGCAAUCUCAUUUCCCAUGAUGAAAAUACCUGCCCUCAGCUUUCGCCAGAGGAGCGCGAAAUAAAGAGAAAGCAGAGAGCGGAAAAUCACGUCAUCAACGACAAUCAGAGACCUCUCAUUCAAGGAACUCAAGGAUAUAACUCGGGGAACUCCCUCAAGAGGCCACGAUCCCCAAUUUAUGGGAGACACCAUAGUCCACGGUCCUUUUCGAAAGACGAUGAGCUGUACCGCAAUGAUAAAAGACGCAAGAACUCCCCUUCAAAGGACUCGAAGGAUACAAGGGGAAAUGGCUACCAAACCCGAGACCAUAUUAGCUCAGGUCGACUGGACAACCGUCACUCUCAUUCCAACAAGGAGGUGUGGAGUAGACUAGAAAUCCCAAGCGACAGAGAGCAUCAACAGCGAGGAAACAGGGAUCAUCACCAUUCCCAAAGCAACUCUCGACAGCGAUCUCUAUACCAAGCGCCUCAUCACAAGAAAUCCUCCACUAUGGAGUGGCACCAGCGUAACUAUAACGACGCGAAGCGUGCCAGAGCUCCCCCCUCAAGGGACGCUCGCCAUGCCCCCCUACGCUCGCCCGGAACGAUCUCGAGCAACCUAUGA